CCCUCUUGCUACAAAUAGACCCUUUCGCCAACACACCCUGUCCACUGCAUCACUCAAAGACUCACAAUACCCCUCAACCACUAUACCACUACAUUCAAAUCCACCUCAAAACACCUGACACAUACAUCAACAUGGCUGCCACCGUCAACGUCGAGAACAUCUCCACCAAGACCAGCGAGGAUGAGAUCAAGAGCUUCUUCUCCUUCUGCGGAAAGAUCCAGUCACUCAGCGUAAAGCCUUCAGGCGAUGACACACAGUCUGCCUCUGUCACCUUCGAGAAGGCCGCCGCCGCAAAGACCGCCCUCCUCCUCGACAACACACAGCUCGGCCACAACUCGGUCCAGGUCACGUCCGCUAAGAGCAUCGACGAGAUUGCCGGCGAGAAGUCUGCCUCCGCCGACGACGCCAAGGACGGUGAUCAUCACAUCGAGCAGGAGCAGAAGCCCCGCGCACGCAUCAUCGCCGAGUACCUCGCCCACGGCUAUGCCAUCUCCGACACGGCCAUCGAGAAGGCCCUUGCAGCAGACAAGCAGAACGGCUACAGCACCAAGUUCAUGAACGUCCUCAACAACUUCGACCAGAAGACUCAGGCUACACAGAAGGCGCAGGUCGUCGACCAGAAGUUGGGCAUAACAAACAAGGGCUACGCUGCCUUCAACAUGAUGACCAGCUACUUCGACAAGGCUGCUUCUACACCCACCGGACAGAAGCUCCGUGCUUUCUACGAGCAGGGAAACAAGACUGUUAUGGACGUCCACAACGAGGCCAGGCAUUUGGCCGACCUUAAGAAGCAGAAGUCUGCCAGCGAGGGCGGUGUCGCUACUGAGAGCAGCGAGAAGCCUGCCGAGGGUAGCAACGAGAAGAGCGGCGAGUCCUACGCCGCCGCCGCCGCUCCUACUUCCUAGAUGCGAACACCUUUGUGCUGACGACGAAGGACUGGAACGGCAUUUCUUUCGAUUCAACGAUUCCCACUUGGUUUACAGUCUGUAUGAAUACUUGCGCAUGAUACCGAUGACGGCACGAGCAUGGAGUUUGGAAUAAGAUAGUUUAGCAACCUACAAAGAAACAAUUCUAUCUAGUAGCCAUUGAUCU